UGACUUUGUCAUUACCAACUGUUUACUUCAACAAUUUCAAUUUCAUUGGCGCUUUUUCAAUUCUUUCAAGUUGUUUAUUUUGCACAGAUGGAUUCAGAAAAUAAGCUUGUACAAUGUCGUAAUGCUCUAAUUGCUUUAGUGAUCAAUAAUGUGGAAAAUAAAAUACCUAUCAAAGAAGAAGAUAUGCUCGAAAUACUGGGUAAAGACAAAGCGUUGUUCAAGCAAAGUCUUCCACUUGUGAUUGAAUCCUUAAAAAAGGUGUAUGGCAUCAUUUUGCAGAAGGUACCGGGCACGAGAAAGUAUAUUUGCUACUCCGAGCUGACCUCAUCUUCUACGGCAGAGUAUGAUGAAGAACAGUGUUGUCAUUUAACCCUGUUAUUUAUUAUACUGUCUUAUCUGCUAAUGAAAGAUUGUCGCGUAGAUGAAGAGCAGCUGUUCGAUUUCCUUAAGGGCCUGCGUAUUGAUGUUGAUGAAGAGCACUCGUAUUUUCAAGGAAAUCUAAAGAAACUUAUAGGUGACACUUUUGUUAAGCAAUUGUAUCUAAAGCGCGAAAAAUCUGAUGCCGAUACAGAUUUGGAGACAAGGUACCUUUAUUCUUGGGGUUAUCGCGCAACUGUCGAAUUCCCUGCGAAAGCGGUUUUAGAACAUACUGCUGAGAUUCUUGGAAAAGAGGCUCGAGAAUUUGUUGCGGUGUAUAACAAAUGCUGCUGCGAUGAUAAUGAUGAGGAAACUAUGGUUGUUGGCUAAAAUUAAAAAUCAUUAUGUUAAGAUAAGCUUGUUAAGUUGUAAACUUUGUACAUGAGGUAGUUAUAAAAUUUUCCUCGAUUUUUAGUACAUUAAAUUUCUUAUCGUUAGUUACAAUUAAAUUCCAAACGGUUUUUCAAAA